GCGUGAGAGUGCGUGUUAUCAAAACGAUUGGACAAGAAAGAGACCAAAAAGACCGAACCAACUACUUCGAAGAAGAAGAAGAGUCAAAGCGAAACGCCAAUAAUACAUAGAAAGAGAGAAGAGCCAUCGCAGAAAAUCAGCAAAAAGCUAAAGAACCUCCUCAAGCAUCAAUGGCGAUAUCCAAGCUCCACCUACUCUUUCUUCUCUCACUUGUCAGUCUCUCCCUCCAUCGUCCUGUUCUUUCCGACAACGAUGAGGAAGACAUUCUUCUUAAAGGCAUCAACGACUACAGAACAUCCCUAAACCUAACAACACUUACACAUAACAACAACGCUGAAUGCCUCGCUGACGAACUCGCAGACCAGUUCAAGAACCAACCAUGCACUAACAUGACCGGCCCUGCUUCCGUCCCUGGAUCACAACCUGGUUUCACAGAGUUUCCAAAGUUCCUCACCAAAUGCCGCCUCAACAUAACCGCAACCAGAGACGGUGAGAUCAUGCCAGCUUGUGUUCCUAACCUUGAUGCGAGCCUUGUCUUGUCCAAUUUCACAAAGUCACGGUACAACCAGAACCUGAAUGAUUCUAAGUUCACUGGCAUUGGUAUUGCUUCUGAUGAUAAUUGGAUUGUGGUCAUCCUCACUACAAAUACUACUGAGGGUGGCUAUACUCCGGCUACUAAGGACAGUAACUCAGGAGCUUUUGCAGUUGGAGUUAACGGUGUCGUUUCUUCGUGUUUGUUGGUUCUUCUCUUUUCUUUCUUCAUGUUUUGAGUUUCUUUUCUUGAAUAAUAAUCUCAGUUUGGUUUCUUUAUGUUUUGAGCCUCAUUAUGAGUUUCUUUCAUUGUCUUUGUUCUGUAAAAAUAAUGUUUUUGGGUGAAAGUCUCAUUGCUUUUGUGUGUUGUCUCUAUCGUUUUAUUUUGAUGGGCUAUUGUAGUAAUGAUCAGCUUAUUUGCACUGCC